CCGAAGGGCUUUCAGGCUGCUAGGAGGUUAUUCCAGCUGCUCCCUGGCCGUCUGUGUUUGUGGCUGCGGGCACUUUGGCACGUCGUGGCUCCCUUGCUCCCGAGCCAUGGGUGCUGCAGAGGCUGGAGCGGAGCCGUGACCUUUUCCUGGGUGCCGGAGGAGGAAGAGUGGAUUACGCCGUGAAGUUCUGGCUCGCAGCCAGUGCCCUUUGCGGGGGAAAAAAAAAAUAAAUCACCUGGAUAUCUGCGUGUGGUGGGAACGGCUUCCUUGGAGCUGGGCUUUGCCUCGCCAAAAUGGCUCACGCAGCCGCUUCCAUUAAAAAAGUUCGAGAGUCUGAACUCGAGGAGAGGGAGAGAAACCUUGAGAAGGAAAGGAAAAGGCAGCGGAAAAUCUCUAGGGCUGAUCGGAAGCGCAAGUCUGACAGCAAUGCAAGCUUCCUCCGAGCUGCCCGAGCUGGCAAUCUGGACAAAGUAGUGGAAUAUCUGAAAAGUGGAAUAGACAUCAACACCUGCAACCAGAAUGGACUCAAUGCUCUGCACCUGGCAGCCAAAGAAGGCCACGUGGGACUGGUACAGGAAUUGCUGGAAAGAGGGUCGGCCGUGGAUUCCGCCACUAAGAAAGGGAAUACAGCCCUGCACAUUGCAUCCCUAGCAGGACAAGCUGAAGUUGUCAAAGUUCUGGUGAAGGAAGGAGCCAAUAUUAAUGCACAAUCUCAGAAUGGCUUUACUCCUUUGUACAUGGCAGCUCAAGAGAACCACAUUGAGGUGGUGAAGUAUCUCCUGGAGAAUGGAGCCAACCAAAGCACAGCUACUGAGGACGGCUUCACUCCUCUGGCUGUGGCGCUGCAGCAGGGGCACAACCAGGCGGUGGCCAUCCUGCUGGAGAACGACACCAAGGGCAAGGUGAGGCUGCCGGCCCUGCACAUCGCCGCCAGGAAGGACGACACCAAGUCGGCGGCGCUGCUGCUGCAGAAUGACCACAACGCCGACGUGCAGUCCAAGAUGAUGGUGAAUAGGACGACUGAGAGUGGCUUUACACCUUUGCACAUCGCCGCACACUACGGGAACGUCAACGUGGCCACGCUGCUGCUGAACCGAGGAGCUGCAGUCGACUUCACGGCGAGGAAUGGAAUCACCCCCCUGCAUGUGGCUUCCAAAAGGGGAAACACAAACAUGGUGAAGCUCUUGUUGGAUCGCGGAGGGCAGAUCGAUGCCAAAACCAGGGAUGGACUCACCCCGCUGCACUGUGCUGCAAGGAGUGGACAUGACCAGGUUGUGGAGCUGCUCCUGGAGCGAGGUGCCCCUCUGCUCGCACGGACCAAGAAUGGACUGUCUCCCCUGCACAUGGCAGCCCAGGGGGACCACGUGGAGUGUGUCAAACACCUGCUGCAGCACAAGGCCCCCGUGGACGACGUGACGCUGGAUUACCUGACCGCCCUCCACGUGGCCGCGCACUGCGGCCACUACCGUGUCACCAAACUCCUCCUGGACAAGAGAGCCAACCCCAACGCCCGUGCCCUGAAUGGUUUUACUCCACUGCACAUUGCCUGCAAGAAAAAUCGCAUCAAAGUCAUGGAACUCCUGGUGAAAUAUGGGGCUUCAAUCCAGGCUAUAACAGAGUCGGGCCUCACACCAAUACACGUGGCUGCAUUUAUGGGCCACUUGAACAUAGUCCUCCUUCUGCUGCAGAACGGAGCCUCUCCCGAUGUCACUAACAUUCGUGGAGAGACUGCGCUGCACAUGGCGGCACGUGCCGGGCAGGUGGAAGUAGUUCGCUGCCUCCUGAGGAACGGGGCCCUGGUUGAUGCCCGAGCCAGGGAAGAACAGACCCCGCUGCACAUCGCCUCUCGCCUGGGUAAGACGGAGAUCGUGCAGCUGCUGCUGCAGCACAUGGCCCACCCCGACGCCGCCACCACCAACGGGUACACGCCCCUGCACAUCUCCGCCAGGGAGGGCCAGGUCGACGUCGCCUCCGUGCUCCUCGAGGCAGGCGCCUCCCACUCCAUGUCCACCAAAAAGGGAUUCACGCCGUUGCACGUGGCAGCCAAAUACGGGAGCCUGGAAGUGGCGAAGCUUCUGCUGCAGCGUCGUGCCUGUCCCGAUUCCGCUGGCAAGAACGGGCUCACGCCGCUGCACGUGGCCGCGCACUACGACAACCAGAAGGUGGCGCUGCUGCUGCUGGAGAAGGGCGCGUCGCCUCACGCCACCGCCAAGAACGGAUACACCCCUCUGCAUAUUGCUGCCAAGAAAAAUCAGAUGCAGAUAGCCACCACUCUGUUGAACUACGGGGCUGAGACCAACAUUUUGACCAAGCAGGGAGUCACCCCGCUUCAUUUGGCCUCCCAAGAAGGUCACGCUGACAUGGCGACCUUGCUUUUGGAGAAAGGAUCCAACAUCCACGUGGCAACAAAGGCUGGACUGACAUCCUUACACCUUGCAGCUCAAGAGGAUAAAGUGAAUGUAGCUGAAAUACUCACCAAACAUGGUGCAAACCAGGAUGCUCAGACAAAGCUUGGUUACACACCUUUAAUUGUGGCCUGUCACUAUGGAAACAUCAAAAUGGUGAAUUUCCUCCUCAAGCACGGAGCAAAUGUCAAUGCUAAAACAAAGAACGGGUACACCCCUCUUCACCAAGCUGCUCAGCAAGGUCACACUCACAUCAUCAAUGUCCUGCUCCAGCACGGGGCCAAGCCCAACGCCAUCACCACGAAUGGGAACACUGCCUUAGCCAUCGCCAGGCGCCUGGGGUACAUCUCAGUGGUGGACACGCUGAAGGUUGUAACGGAGGAGAUCACCACCACCACAACUACUGUAACAGAGAAGCACAAGCUGAAUGUCCCCGAGACCAUGACUGAGGUCCUGGAUGUGUCGGAUGAAGAAGGUGAUGACACAAUGACAGGAGAUGGGGGAGAGUACCUUAGGCCAGAAGAUCUCCGAGAACUAGGGGAUGACUCUCUGCCAAGCAGCCAGUUCUUGGAUGGUAUGAACUACCUGAGGUACAGCUUGGAAGGAGGACGAUCGGACAGCAUCAUGCCCAGCCUGCGGUCCUUCAGUUCAGACAGGUCCCACACCCUGAGCCACGCCUCCUACCUGCGGGACAGCGCCAUGAUCGACGACACCGUGGUGAUCCCCAGCCAGCAGGUAACAACUCUGGCCAAAGAAUCUGAAAGGAAUUCCUAUCGCUUAAGCUGGGGCCCUGAAAACUUGGACAAUGUGGCUCUUUCUUCCAGCCCUAUUCACUCAGGCUGCAUGUCUGCAAAAAAGGAGGCUGGAUCCUUGCUAACAAGCUUCCUGGUGAGCUUCAUGGUGGACGCCCGCGGGGGUGCCAUGAGGGGCUGCCGGCACAACGGGCUGCGCAUCAUCAUCCCCCCGCGCAAGUGCACGGCCCCGACGCGCGUCACCUGCCGGCUGGUGAAGCGCCACCGGCUGGCCACCAUGCCCCCCAUGGUGGAAGGGGAAGGGCUGGCCAGCCGCCUCAUCGAAGUGGGACCUUCUGGGGCGCAGUUCCUUGGUAAACUUCAUCUGCCUACGGCUCCUCCCCCACUUAAUGAGGGAGAAAGCUUGGUCAGCCGAAUCCUUCAGCUGGGGCCUCCUGGGACCAAAUUCCUUGGGCCUGUGAUUGUGGAGAUCCCCCACUUUGCUGCUCUGCGUGGGAAGGAGAGGGAGCUGGUGAUCCUGCGCAGCGAGAACGGGGACAGCUGGAAGGAGCAUUUCUGUGAAUACACCGAGGAUGAGCUGAACGAAAUCCUCAAUGGGAUGGAUGAAGUACUUGACACUCCAGAGGAGCUGGAGAAGAAGCGGAUCUGCCGCAUCAUCACCCGGGAUUUCCCUCAGUACUUCGCGGUGGUGUCCCGGAUCAAGCAGGACAGCAACCUCAUCGGGCCCGAGGGAGGGGUGCUGAGCAGCACUGUGGUGCCACAAGUGCAGGCAGUCUUCCCAGAAGGGGCUCUAACCAAACGAAUCCGCGUUGGCCUCCAGGCUCAACCUAUGCACACUGAACUUACAAAGAAGAUUUUAGGCAACAAGGCCACCUUCAGCCCCAUCGUCACGCUGGAGCCCCGGAGGAGGAAGUUCCACAAACCCAUCACGAUGACGAUUCCCGUCCCCAAGGCCUCCAGCGAUGGGAUCAUGAAUGGCUACGGAGGCGACACGCCCACUCUGAGGUUACUAUGCAGCAUAACAGGAGGAACCACCCCAGCCCAAUGGGAAGACAUCACCGGGACAACACCACUGACAUUUGUUAAUGAAUGUGUUUCCUUCACAACAAAUGUGUCUGCCAGAUUUUGGUUGAUAGACUGUCGACAGACACAAGAAUCUGUUACUUUUGCUUCCCAAGUGUACAGAGAGAUUAUCUGUGUCCCCUACAUGGCCAAAUUUGUGGUGUUUGCCAAAUCCCACGAUCCCAUCGAAGCGCGGUUAAGGUGUUUCUGCAUGACGGACGACAAGGUGGAUAAAACUCUAGAACAACAGGAAAAUUUUGCUGAAGUUGCCAGAAGCAGGGAUGUAGAGGUAUUAGAAGGAAAACCCAUCUACGUUGACUGCUUUGGCAAUUUGGUGCCUCUCACAAAGAGUGGGCAGCAUCAUAUAUUCAGCUUUUUUGCCUUCAAAGAGAAUAGACUUCCUCUAUUUGUUAAGGUGCGAGAUACCACUCAAGAACCCUGUGGACGAUUAUCCUUCAUGAAGGAGCCAAAAUCUACAAGGGGCCUCGUUCACCAAGCCAUAUGUAAUUUAAACAUCACUUUACCCAUUUACACAAAGGAAUCAGAUUCAGAUCAAGAACCAGAAGAGGUUGACAUGACGUCAGAAAAAAAUGACGAGACAGAGUCUACAGAAACAUCUAUCCUGAAAAGCCAUCUGGUUAAUGAAGUCCCUGUACUAGCCAGUCCAGACCUGUUGUCUGAAGUUUCUGAGAUGAAACAAGAUUUGAUCAAAAUGACUGCCAUCCUGACAACUGACCCUUCUGAUAAAUCAGGCUCCAUUAAAGUGAAAGAUCUUGGAAAACCUGCUGAGGAAGAGCCAGGAGAGCCUUUUGAAAUAGUUGAAAGAGUGAAAGAGGACUUAGAAAAAGUAAAUGAAAUUCUGAGAGGGGGAUCCUAUACCAGAGAAGAACAUGUUUUGCAGAAGUCCCUUUCCAAACAAGAGCCUGUAGAAGAAGAAUGGAUCAUUGUCAGCGAUGAGGAAAUCGAAGAGGCCAGAAGAAAUGCUCCCUCAGACGUCACGGAGCCAGCCGGUGUAGAUGUCAGGGUAGACAAAGGGACAGCAAAAAAGGGGAAACCAGGCACGGCAGGAAAGGUAGAGGAUUUAAAAACACACGUUUCUCUUCCUGAGGUACAGCCACGAACCUUGCAAGAGGGCUUAGUAGAAGAGAAGGUUGAAGCUGUAGGAAUAAGCAGGGAUUCUGAAAAAGGAGGAAAAGAAUCUCCAAAAACUGGAAAGGAGCAACAGAAAGCGGCCUCAGAAGUUAAAAAACCUGUCAGGACAAAACUAAAAGAGAAGCCAAAACCAAAGGAAGGCAAGGCGCAGAGCAGCGGAGAAAAGCUGAGACUACCAAAGCUCACUGCAGAUGAGUCGCAGGGCGGGGAACCUGGCCUAAAGGUGACAGCUGCUCCAGAGGCUAAAGCCGUGUCCCCUGUUAUAGAGGACACUCCCAUUGGCUCCAUAAAAGAUAAAGUGAAAGCUCUUCAGAAACGAGUGGAAGAUGAACAAAAAGUCCGGUCCAAACUACCCGUCAGAGUUCAAGCAAAAGAAAGCCCUGCUGAGAAGGCACCUAAGAAACCAGCACAAGUCAAGAAACCGGUGGCACACAAAGCCCAACCGCCUGUCUCGCCUUCUUCUAAGACCGAGAGACUCGAAGAGACCAUGUCAGUUCGUGAGCUGAUGAAAGCCUUCCAGUCAGGGCAAGACCCAUCCAAGAACAUAUCUGGCCUGUUUGAGCACAAGUCUGUCAAACAGAAGCAACAGGCCCCCGAGAAGGAAACAACCCGGAGGAAAACAACUCCUUCGCAGAGCGAAACGAGGCGAGUCACAAGCCUCAAGACAGACAAACAGAAGGACAAGCCGAGCCCGGUGUCAAAAGCAGAGAAAGAGCCGCAACCCAAAAAAGGCAAAACGCAAAUUUCUACCACUGAAACCACCAAGAAAGCUGGUGGUAAAGACCAGGCGAAAGAGCAGAGCAACAGGAAGCCAGUGGAGCCUCUCCCUCCUGUAGCAGUUGAUGCAAGUGCGAAAGAAAUGGCAUCUGGGAAGGGCAGACCUUCUGAUGACCAAGGAGAUCCUGACUUCCAGAUCAGCCCUGACAGGAAAACCUCAACAGACUUUUCUGACGUCAUUAAAGAAGAACUGGAGGAUAAUGACAAAUACCAACAGUUCCGACACCUCUCGGUGACAGAGGAGGGAGAACUUAACUUGGAGCAAGUACUGACCAGUCCUUUUGGUGUUGCUUUCCCCACAGAGGAUGGGAAAGAUGGAUUCCUUCCCGCUCUUUCUCUGCAAAGUGGUGCUUUUGAUGGGAGCUCAGAGAGCCUUAAACACGAAGGUGUGGCUGACUCUCCAGGCAGUCUACUCGACGGAACCCCUCAGAUCAGCUCUGAGGAAAGUUACAAGCAUGAGGGUCUUGCAGAGACUCCAGAAACGAGCCCAGAAAGCCUUUCAUUCUCACCAAAGAAAACCGAUGGGCCAACUGAGGAAGCUAAAGGAGCGGCUAGAGCACACACAACAGCUGAAACGUGCUCUCCGAAGGAAGUCUCCUCAAAGGAAGAUGAAAAAGGUAUUACUGAGAGACAGCUAGAUGCUGUUACUGAGACUAGUAAGUCUCAUUCUGACCAUUUAUCAGAAGAGCGUGUACCUACAGCCUCUGAAGAAGAGGCUGAUAAACUUAAAGAAAGUAGCUCAGCUUCCAUUAUGAAAGAUAUUAGCAGGGAUAAAGAAUCCAGAACCACUGCACAUUUCACUAAGUCUUCUGAAAUACAUGCUUUAGAGAAAGAAAAAGAUAUAACCUGUGAACGCCGCGUUGCAGUUAGAAGUCCCCAGAAAUUGGAACUUUCACUUGCUAGCCAUGAUAGUGAAGGCUUUAGCCCAGUUGCAGAUGACUCUUUGACUAUAAGUCAUAAAGACUCCCUGGAAGCAAGCCCAGUGCUAGAAGAUAACUCAUCACACAAAACACCCGACUCUUUGGAACCCAGUCCUAUGAAAGAGUCUCCCUGCCGUGAUUCCCUUGAAAGCAGCCCCGUAGAACCAACAGUGAAGGCUUGUAUUUUGGGGCAGGGUCCUCUGCAGCCUGUUCUUAGCAAAGGAGAAGGCUGCCCAGAGCUGGCAUCGGUGCGUUCCAGGAUACUCCGUGACCCCGAGGGAAGUGCCGAUGAUGACAGUCUAGAGCAAACAUCCCUCAUGGAGAGUUCGGGGAAAAGUCCCGUUUCACCCGAGACUCCCAGUUCAGAAGAAAUUAGCUACGAAAUCACACCUAAAACGGCAGACUUGCAGUCACUGUCAAACAUACCAAAGUCGGCCACGAUCCCUGAAGUCAACGAAGAGCCAGAGGAUGACUCGGAAAGCGAACCGAAGAAGAGAUUCACCCCUGAAGAGGAGAUGUUUAAAAUGGUGACCAAAAUCAAAAUGUUUGAUGAAUUGGAACAAGAAGCGAAGCAGAAGAGAGGUUACAAAAAGAAUCGUAAGCAAGAUGAGUCUUGUGUAGUUGCCAGCUCAGAAGCUCCAUGUGAAACCGAAACAGCAGAGCCAACGGCUGUAGUAGAAAAAGAUGUACCUACAAUAGUUACACCUGCAGCUGAAUCUAGGAAAAGCUCUUCCUCUUCGGAAAGCGAGCCAGAAUUAACCCGCCUCAAAAAAGAAGCCGACUCAGGCCUCUUAAUGGAGCCUGUGAUCCGAGUGCAGCCACCCUCACCUUUACCGUCCAGUAUGGACUCCAGCUCCAGCCCCGACGAAGCAGGUUUCCAACCCAUUGAUUCCCAGCAAUGCUCUGUCGGGAUAGGUGCAGUUAAAACAGAAGGCAAAGGUGACAAAGAGGAACCGCUUAUCCUUGGGCGCAGCUGUGAGGUUUCCACGGGAGAAUCAGGCACUUGUCAUUCUGAUGGUUGUGCUGAAUCUAAAUGUUGUGGCAGUACAGGUGACUGUGAGACAGUCACACGACCUGGGGGUGCUCUCUGUCACUCCGUUGGUGACAGUCCUCAGAAAGAAGUUCACGCUGAGUCUUCGUUAACACUCAAGCAAUACGAGGCUACUGAAAAGGAUGUCAAACCCGUGGCAGCGUUACACAGAGAUCUCAUUUCUACAGGAGCAGUGUCAGAGAGGGCAGGGGGCCUUUCUUGUGGGCACGGUACCACCCAGUACUCUGUACCACGAGAUGGCAAACUGGCUGAAGAUGAUACCACUGACCAUUCUGCUUUGGGAAGGGAUUUGGGAAAAGCAGAUACAGGUUUCAAAACAUCUCAAAGAGAUAGUCCUGCUGAGGAACCGUUACCAGAGUAUUCAUCCCUUACCACUGAAACAGUGGAACUUGACAGUUGUGUAGCAGAUGCCACUGACAGUAGUGCUCCAUAUAUAGUGAGCCCUUAUGAAAACGUGUCUUCUGGACAUUUCUUUAUUGACUCUGAAAGUGAGGUAGGAUCUGGUAGAAGUCUGCACUCUAGGGAAACCUAUUCUGUUGCAGCAGGGAAAGAUCAGACGGGUGAAGCUUUACUUAGCAGAGACACAGGCAGUGAGUAUUGCUCUUCAGAGGAAGUGUAUAUGGAAAUAGAGCCCAAACCAGAGGAUGGAUUUCAGACCAUGUCACAAGGGUCUUUGUCCUCAGAUGCCACGCAAUUAGCUGAAUCUGCCCUUGAGGAUAUAAGAGAUGAAACGGAGACAUUGAUGGGUCACGUUGUCAUCACUAGAACCGAUGUGGAUUCUGACAUGUGGAGCGAAAUACGUGAAGACGAUGAAGCUUUUGAAGCUCGGGUGAAAGAAGAGGAACAAAAGAUAUUCGGGUUGAUGGUAGACAGGCGAUCGCAAGGCACAACCCCUGACACGACACCGGCCAGGACACCCACUGAAGAAGGGACGCCACUCAGUGAACAAAACCCUUUUCUUUUUCAGGAAGGCAAGUUGUUUGAGAUGACUAGAAGCGGAGCCAUUGACAUGACCAAAAGGAACUACCCAGAUGAAAGCUUUCACUUCUUCCAGGGUGGGCAGGAGCCUCAGGAAGAAGUUUCAUUAUCUGAAGAAGUGAAAGCAGCAGCAGAGGAGGAAUCUUCGAAGCUGGAGGGCUCGUUGAACCCAUUUGCACCUUCAGAAUCAGAGGAGUCAGAUACACCAGAAAAAGACACAGUGAAAUAUUCACCCCCGUCACCCGAGUCUAGUGAUAAAUCAGAAGAAAUCACAGGUGAAGGUGUCAGCACAGGCACCUCAAAAGCAGAUCUUAAAUCCAGAAUUCCAAUUAAAAUGGGUAUUUCAGCUUCUUCAAAAUCACCAAAGAAAGAAAUUGCUGCCUCUGAAGCUGAGCCCCUCUCCAGAACGGAGACCGACACGGUUGAUAGCAGUCAGGUGCCUUGCCCCAUCUCUCCUGAGCAGUGUGCGGUAGAAGAUGAAUUAGAUUUUUCCAAAGUCACCAGAUCAGUUAGUUCCGAACAGGGCGAGGAGUCCCCGGACUCUUCCCCAGAGGAACAGAGAUCUGUGAUUGAAAUCCCCACUGCUCUAAUGGAGAGCGUGCCUUCUUGUGAAAGCAAAUCCAAAAUCCCCAUCCGAACAGCUGCCGCCGCAUCGCAAUCCUCGCAACAGUCGGAAAACGAGAGCCUUUCCCCGGACGACUUCCUAGACAGUUCGCAGUGUGAAGGAAAAGACGAGCAAGCAAAACCAAAGUCUAAAAUUCCCGUCAAAUCCGCUUCCCAAAAAGCCGAACCGCAGUACACCUACGCGGACACGUCUACCCGCAAGCUGGAGUCCCCCAAAGCUCUCGACGUGACGAGCGCUGUACCUACGAAACAAGAUAACCGGAGUAAAUCGGAAUCUGACGCGAGUAGUCCCGUGGACCCAAAGGCUAAGCGUUCAGUCAAAGCUAGGAGUUGUGCUGAGGUGGAAGCAGAGACCAGAGAGAGGGAGAGUGAGAUGAAGUUUGAGCUAGACUCAGAUGAGGCAGCAACAGCAAGAUCGAAGGUAUUUUCAUCGCGGUUGCCAGUUAAAAACAGAAGCACUACAGGCUCCCGCAGUGCUUUUAGUCCCACAAAAGAAAGUAAGGACCAUUUUUUUGAUCUUUACAAAAACUCCAUAGAGUUCUUUGAAGAAAUUAGUGAUGAAGCUUCUAAAUUAGUGGAAAGACUCACGCAGUCAGAGAGAGAACAAGAAUUAGUUUCAGAUGAUGAAAGCAGUAGCGCCCUAGAAGUUUCAGUUAUUGAAAAUGUGCCAUCCAGUGAGACUCAGCAGUCAGUUCCUGAAGACAUCUUUGACACCAGACCCAUUUGGGAUGAGUCUGUAGAGACUCAGAUUGAACGUAUCCCUGACGAAAAUGUCCAUGACCAUGCUGAAGAUCAGCAGGAUGAUCAGGAAAGGACAGAGGAAAGACUGGCCCACAUCGCUGAUCAUCUUGGAUUCAGCUGGACAGAGCUAGCAAGAGAACUGGAUUUCACAGAAGAGCAAAUUCACCAGAUCCGAAUCGAAAAUCCCAAUUCACUUCAAGACCAGAGCCACGCACUCCUCAAGUACUGGCUUGAAAGGGAUGGGAAACACGCAACAGAUACAAAUCUUACCCAAUGUCUCACGAAAAUCAACCGGAUGGAUAUCGUUCACCUCAUGGAGACCAGCGGCAUCGACUCCACGCAGGUCCACGGCACCCGCACCUACACGGAGAUGGAACAGUCCAUAGGACUGGACCACAGCGAAGGGUUUUCUGCACUGCAAGAAGAAGUGUACAGCUCAAGACACAAGCAGGAACACCACAGAAUAUCUAAAGACAGUGAGCCAACCGAACACCCUCCUCUUGUCUCCGAGGAAGAAGUGUCUGCCAGUUAUUCUCCUUUUCAGGACAGUACUCCCAGGAGCGAGGCAGAGGUAUCCAUGGCUGAGCUCCUGAGGCAAGCACAUAAGGAACAAGUAGAAACCGAAUUCUCAGGGAAACCCCAAGACGUGCCAGGAAAACCAUCUGCUUCACAGCAUGAAUAUUCGGUCACAGCUCCGGGAACAGAGCAGUCUACGGCACCGGUAACUGGGAAAGCAGGAAGCACAGCCAAGGGAGAGACAGAAAAAACAUCCCCACAGCCCCCGUCCUCUGCACAGAGAGGUGACUCUCCCAUCAUCCAGGAGCCCGAGGAUGCCCAGCUCCACCAGGAUGACCCCUCUCCAAGGAGAACUAGUCUUGUGAUAGUGGAGUCAACUGAUGAGCAGAUGGAGAAGUCUGGCAGGGGCUAUGAAGAGGAAUCUUUAGAAAAGGUAAAGAACAAUUUUACUUCAAAAUAACGGACACAAAAGGUU